GUUAAUCAGCUUUUGACACUUUUAUACUUGAAGCUGAGAGUUUGGCUGUUACCUUAGACAGGCUUGCAAAUUCACCAGCUUCCAGCUGAAGGCGAAAAAUACCACAUUGUCUGGAUUUUACCUACAAACGAAACCCGUUCAGCUCCCUUCCUGCUGUUUAAACACUGGAAGCACCGUUGUUGUUGAAAUGCAUCAAUCAAAUUAACGAUGGUUUUUGCCUGUCUCAAUACUCAAAUACUCAAAGCUCAUACUGGGUUUUAUCUGUAUUACCUGCAAGGUUUGCGUACUUUUACCUUUUGUUUUGUUAUGUUCCAGUCUUAUGGUUUACAACAUGGAGCACGUCUGCUUCUUGAUGGACCAGCAUGCCCAGCCGUACAUGCUUGCCAGCCUGACGCGUCCACACUCCGAGCAGCUUCUGCAGGGUCUCCAGCUGCUACGGCAGGACCGCGAGCUGUGUGACGUGGUGCUGCGCGUGGGCGACGCCAAGAUCCACGCCCACAAGGUGGUGCUGGCCAGCAUCAGCCCCUAUUUCAAGGCCAUGUUCACGGGGAACUUAUCGGAGAAGGAGAACUCUGAAGUGGAGUUCCAGUGCAUCGACGAAGCUGCUCUUCAGGCCAUCGUGGAGUACGCCUAUACCGGCACAGUGUACAUCUCCCAGGACACAGUGGAGUCCCUACUCCCGGCCGCCAACCUGCUUCAGGUGAAGCUGGUGCUGAAGGAGUGCUGCGCCUUUCUGGAAAGCCAGCUGGACGCUGGCAACUGCAUUGGCAUCUCCCGGUUCGCCGAGACCUACGGCUGCCACGACCUCUGCCUGGCCGCCACCAAAUUCAUCUGCCAGAACUUCGAGGAGGUGUGUCAGACGGAGGAGUUUUUCGAGCUGACGCGCUCCGAGCUGGACGAGAUCGUCUCCAACGACUGCCUGAAGGUGGUCACCGAGGAGACCGUCUUCUACGCCCUGGAGUCCUGGAUCAAGUACGACGUGACGGAGCGGCAGCAGCACCUGGCCCAGCUGCUGCACUGCGUCCGGCUGCCUCUGCUCAGUGUCAAGUUCCUCACCCGUCUCUACGAGGCCAACCAUCUGAUCCGCGAUGACCACGCCUGCAAGCACCUCCUCAACGAGGCCCUUAAGUACCACUUCAUGCCUGAGCACCGGCUCUCCUACCAGACGGUGCUGUCCACCCGGCCAAGGUGUGCUCCCAAAGUGCUCCUCGCCGUGGGAGGCAAGGCUGGCCUCUUUGCCACCCUGGAGAGCAUGGAGAUGUACUUCCCUCAGACCGACUCGUGGAUCGGCCUGGCGCCGCUCAGCGUGCCCCGCUACGAGUUCGGCGUGGCUGUACUGGACCAAAAAGUGUACGUGGUGGGUGGCAUCGCCACGCACAUGCAGCAGGGCAUCAGUUUCCGGCGGCACGAGAGCACAGCCGAGUGCUGGGAUCCCGACAGCAACACCUGGUCACCGGUGGAGCGCAUGGCGGAGUGCCGCAGCACGCUGGGUGUGGCCGUGCUGGCCGGCGAGCUCUACGCCCUGGGCGGCUACGACGGCCAGUACUACCUGCAGUCGGUGGAGAAGUAUGUUCCCAAGAUGAAGGAGUGGCAGCCGGUGGCACCCAUGACCAAGUCGCGCAGCUGCUUUGCUGCCGCCGUGCUGGACGGCAUGGUGUACGCCAUCGGCGGCUAUGGCCCCGCCCACAUGAACAGUGUGGAGAGGUACGACCCCAGCAAAGACUCCUGGGAGAUGGUGGCACCCAUGGCGGACAAGAGAAUCAACUUUGGGGUGGGCGUCAUGCUAGGAUUUAUAUUUGUGGUGGGUGGACACAACGGGGUCUCUCACCUGUCCAGCAUUGAGAGGUACGACCCCCACCAAAACCAGUGGACGGCAUGCCGACCAAUGAACGAACCACGGACUGGAGUGGGAUCUGCAAUCGUCGAUAACUUCCUGUAUGUGGUGGGCGGUCACUCGGGCUCGUCGUACCUGAACACGGUCCAGCGCUACAACCCCAUCGCGGACAGCUGGCUGGACUCCAGCGGCAUGAAGUACUGUCGCUGUAACUUUGGCCUCACCGCCCUUUGACCUCGGUGCAGCUGCUGAGGACUCCAUAAGGGAAGGCAGGCACAUGAGUUCCACUUUUUUUUCUGUUCAUUAUAAUUUUUCCUCCUUCCUGUGUGUUUUCACGGGACUGAAGAGGCACAGAAGCCUAGGGGAGUGUGCCCUGUCUGAAUGGGCCCGGGCCCGGCCCCAGAACCGUGGGUGGGGCUGCAGGAUGGGAGGUGGCCCCCGACGUCAAGGUCCAGGUGGCAGGAGUGAGAACCCCACCGGGAUGAGGGCUCUCACGGUCGCCCUGUGACCUGUCGGAGAACGGUGGGAUGCUUCUGUCCCGCUUUCGAAGCGCUCUCGUUUCAUCAGGAUGUUACGUUUGGUGGUUUGCCAGUACCAGUGGUGCCCACUGCAUCCGUGCCACGCAAACUGCGAGCGUGAGGAGCUGUUAACCACUGUCGCUUUGCCUGCUGGAUUUAUUUUUUUAUUAUUAUUAAUACGCAGUUUUUACUUUGUUUCCCUGCUAUAAGCAGAUAUUCCAGUUCUUGAUUAAUUCUGUGUGUAUGUAACAGAUUGUGAGACUGUGUGUGUGUGUGUGUGUGUGUGUGUGAGAGCGAGAGACAGAGAGUUUGUGAUUGUGUGACAUACUCAGGCAAGUUUAGUAAGUCACACACUGUUGGCAUCUGUGAACCAGUGCUUCACGAAAAAGUACAAAAAAUCUAUUUCUAUUCACUUUAAAGGGCUGCCUUUUCUCUCUUGUAAAUAUUUGAAACAAAGAAUAUAUAUAUAUAUCCUCUAGUGCAUUGCCUGUAAAUGUUUUCUGCACUGGGUUACUAGUUAGGGUAUGUUUAUGUGUGUGUGUCUGAGAGGGUGGUGUUACAGAGGAGACUGUGUGACCAUGUGAUCUCAGCUCUUCAGGGAGUGGAGUCACACUUUGCUGACCUUUCAACCAGGCAAGGAAUUUCAAGUUUGUAGCCUCCCAGAUGGCCAGUGAUUGAUGAGUGGUGUGGCAUGGGUUUAACAUGUUUUUUUUUUUUGCCUCAGAAACGUUGUGGGGGUGGGGGGUGGGUUUAAACACAAUACUCUUAUCUGGUGCUACUCAAGGAUUCAGGAUCAAGCUGUCAAUGAUGUCUUUAUGGUUGUGUGAUGCCUCACUCUGCAUGAGUUACCUUCACUUAUCUGUGCCCUCCUUUAUUUUCCUUUCCGAUGUGUAUAUACUUUUGUGUGUUUAAAAGGAGAAAAGCAUGAGCAAGCCUGGCCCAGCAAUAAAAUUCUGUACUGA